AGAAAUGUCCACUGAGGCACAAAGAGUGGAUGACAGUCCAAGCACUAGUGGAGGAAGUUCUGAUGGAGACCAACGUGAAAGUGUUCAGCAGGAACCAGAGAGAGAGCAAGUGCAGCCCAAGAAAAAGGAAGGGAAAAUAUCCAGCAAAACAGCUGCUAAGUUGUCAACUAGUGCUAAAAGAAUUCAGAAGGAACUUGCAGAAAUUACUUUGGACCCUCCUCCCAACUGUAGUGCUGGACCCAAAGGAGACAACAUUUAUGAAUGGAGGUCAACUAUAUUGGGACCCCCAGGAUCUGUUUAUGAAGGAGGAGUGUUCUUUCUUGAUAUUACCUUUUCACCAGACUAUCCAUUUAAACCCCCUAAGGUUACCUUCCGCACAAGAAUCUAUCACUGUAACAUUAACAGCCAAGGUGUGAUCUGUCUGGAUAUCCUAAAAGAUAACUGGAGUCCAGCCCUAACCAUCUCUAAAGUUCUUCUGUCCAUCUGCUCACUUCUCACAGAUUGCAACCCGGCCGACCCCCUGGUGGGCAGCAUUGCCACGCAGUACAUGACCAACAGAGCAGAGCAUGACCGGAUGGCCAGACAGUGGACCAAGCGGUACGCCACCUAGGGGCCCGCGCCCGCCGCCCCCGCCGGACCUGUGCAAGCACAUUCACCAAGUGCAUCAAUAGCCCUGUCCCACCCUCUGGACCUCGGUUCUUAUCUUCCUAGUUUUAUUAAAUUUUGAACUGUUUGUGAUGGUAUGUCAUUUAUCGCCCCUUCCUCCUCCUUUCUCCCUCCUCUGUCCUCCCCUUUGCUCUCUCCCUCUCACUUUUCUCUUUUCCUUUUCUGUUAACUUGAAAGAUUUUGGAUUUUUUUCCCCACCUCAGUGUGGACGGGAACUUUUGUUUUCAGUGCAGAUGAUGUUGGAUCUGUAAUAGUAAGAGCUUUCUUACAAAGCUUUGUAUUACUGUGUGGUUUUGUUUUUGUGUUUGUUUUAUUUUGGUUUUUUUUUCUUUUAUGUGAUCAUUGGAAAAACACAAAUUCAGAAUUAUAUCUUGUUUCUACUUAAAUGUAGUGCUUAGGGUUAAUUUUUUGUACUGAAGUCUUUAUUGGUGGGUGCAUGCUACUGGGAACAAGUUUUUGUACAAAAGCUUCAAUCAGAAUCACUGUGCAUUACUGAGACCCUGUUUAUUACUAGCCUUCUGUCCCCCACGCAGAAGACUAUUGGAUUGAACAAAAAUAAUAUGUAUUUUGAUUUACUGAAAGUGCUUGUAAAUUUCUUAGGGACCUGCCACUUUUGACUGUGGAUCAGUUGAUGUACACUUAUAUUAUUAAAGCACUCAAUAAAUCACUGUGGCUAAUAAAUGCA